CAAAAUAUUGAAAACGUGCGAGGCGAGUUAAUUUCUCUAAAGCAUUUUAAAAUCAAAAAAUUCCUGGUAAAACCUGAAUUUUCAGGUAACAUAAGCCAGGAUAAACAUUCUUUAGCUCUAAUAUUUAUAAAAAAAACUACCAGGUAAUUCUGUGAAUCAAUAAAUUUUUUUUUCACCUUCACAAACACAUGAAAAACGAAACGGAGAUGACAAUUGAUGCGGAUGAUAUUAGCAACGAUGAUGUUGAAGAAACUAUUCGUCUAUUAAAAGAAAUUCCAAUUUUGGCAUCAGGUGUUUCGGAUACCAUUCAAAGGUUGCUAACCAGAAUACAGAAAGAUGAACUACCCACUGAAAAAGGACUCAGUUUUCUUGAUCUCAAAAAUCAUACAUUCUUAAAUUAUGUGAUGAAUGUGACAUACCUGAUGCAGCAAAAAAUAUCUGGAAAGAAAAUUGAAGAUAGCCCUGCUAUUGAAAGGAUAGUUGAAGCAAGAACUGUGCUUGAGAAAGUUAGACCAAUCCAUGAAAAGCUGAAAUAUCAGAUUGAUAAAUCUACUACAGUAUCAGGAAAUAUAGAUCCAUCUGACCCUCUGAGAUUUAGACCUAAUCCGGAUAAUUUAGGAGCUCAAGAGGAAGAAGAAGAUGAAGAACAAGAGGAAGGAGCAAAAUCUAAUGUUUAUGUACCACCCAAAAUAUCUGCUGCAUAUUUUGAAGAAAAUGAUACCUUGGAAGAGCGCAAGAAAAAACUUUUAGAACGUGCACAGAAGAAAGCUUUAAAUAGCAGUGUAAUGUAUGAAUUACGAAAAGAAUAUGAGACUGGGCCUGAGGAAAUAAAGGAAACCAUUGAUCCUUAUAAGAUCAAACUGAACAAAGAAAUGAAGGAACGCUUAAGAUAUGAAGAAGAAUACAUGACACGUCUUCCAAUGACAAAGAAGCAAAAGCAUGAAGCACGGCAAUUGAUGACUGUUACAAACUUUAACAUGAAGUUUGAUGAUGUAUCAGCACUAGAUAUGGGAACAGAAGAUAUAACUCUAAAGCGAAGGUCCAGUGGUAGAAAGGACAAAUUUGCUAAGAAACAUGGAAAGAAAAAAGGAAAGAAGAGGAAGCACUAACAUAUUCUUUGUAUAUUUUAUUUUUAUUUAAUAAACAUGCAUCAUGUAUAAAACUCUUA